CCGCUGCGGGUGACAAUGGUGGCGGCAUGACGUUGAGCCUCCUGUCGCUCUUGUCCCGGGACAUCGCGGCCCUGUGGCUUCUGCUGAAGGCCAGCGCAGAUGAGAUCAUGCACCAGGACAUCGUCCCGCUGGGGGCCGCCGACAUCCAGGAGCAGCUGAGGAAGCGCUUUGCCUACCUGUCCGGCGGGCGGGGGCAGGACGGCAGCCCGGUCAUCACCUUCCCCGACUACCCGGCCUUCAGCGACAUCCCGGACAAGGAGUUCCAGAAUGUCAUGACCUACCUGACCAGCAUCCCCAGCCUGCAAGACGCCGGCAUCGGGUUCAUCCUGGUCAUUGACCGAAGGCAGGACAAAUGGACGUCCGUGAAGGCGUCGGUCCUUCGCAUAGCCGCGGCUUUCCCAGCAAACCUGCAGCUGGUCCUGGUUCUCCGGCCCACGGGGUUCUUCCAGAGGACUCUCUCGGACAUCGCCUUCAAGUUCAAUAGAGAUGACUUUAAGAUGAAGGUUCCGGUCAUAAUGCUAAGCUCGGUACCAGAGCUGCAUGGCUACAUCGACAAGUCCCAGCUGACCGAGGACCUCGGGGGAACCCUGGCCUACUGCCACUCCAGAUGGCUGUGCCACCGCACGGCCAUAGAGAGCUUCGCCCUCAUGGUGAAGCAGACGGCGCAGAUGCUGCAGGCCUUCGGGACCGAGCUGGCCGAGACGGAGCUGCCCAACGACGUGCCGUCCACCCGCGCGGUGCUGCGCGCCCACACGGAGAAGAAGGGCAAGGCCAAGGACGACCUGCGGCGGGCGCUGAAGGAGGGGCACGGCAUCCUGGCGAGCCUCGGGGAGCCGCUGGCCGAGAGCGCGGCGCUCAGCCUGAACCAGGACCAGCUGGACAGCCAGGCCACCGUGCAGAGGCUCCUGGCCCAGCUGAAUGAAACUGAGGCAGCCUUCGACGAGUUCUGGGCGAAGCAUCAGCAGAAGCUGGAGCAGUGCCUGCAGCUGCGGCACUUCGAGCAGGGCUUCCGGGAGGUCAAGGCGGCCCUGGACUCGGUGUCCCAGAAGAUAGCCACCUUCACCGACGUGGGCAACAGCCUGGCACACGUGCACCACCUGCUGAAGGACCUGAGCAGCUUCGAGGCCAAGUCCAGCGCGGCUGUGGACAGGGCGCGAGCGCUGUCGCUCGAGGGCCAGCAGCUCAUUGAGAACAAGCACUACGCCGUGGACUCCAUUCACCCCAAGUGCCAGGAGCUGCAGGGCCUCUGCGACCACUUCACAGCCGAGAUCGGCAGGAGGAGGGAGCUGCUCGGCAAGGCCCUGGAGCUGCACAGCCUCCUCGAGACGUCCAUGAAGUGGUGCGAUGAGGGCAUCUACCUGCUGGCCUCGCAGCCCGUGGACAAAUGCCAGUCCCAGGACGGCGCCGAGGCCGCCCUCCGGGAGAUCGAGAAGUUUCUAGAGACCGGAGCAGAGAAGAAGAUCCAAGAGCUCAAUAAAAUUUACAAGGACUAUGAGUCCAUCCUCAACCCGGACCUCAUGGAGCACGUGCAGAAGGUCCUCCAGAAGCAGGAGAGCAUGCAGGACAUGUUCCACCGCAGGCAGGCCAGCCUGAAGAAGCUGGCGGCCAAGCAGACGCGGCCCGUGCAGCCCGUGGCCCCGCGGCCCGAAGCCCUCGCCAAGUCUCCCUGCCCCUCCCCAGGCACCUGGCGAGGAUCCGAGAACACGAGCUCCGAGGGCGGCGUGCGGAGGGGCCCCUACCGGAGGGCCAAGAGUGAAAUGAGCGAGAGCCAGCAAGGCCGGGCCGGCUCCGCGGGGGACGAGGAGGAGAGCCUGGCCGUGCUGCGCAGGCACGUGAUGAACGAGCUCCUGGACACCGAGCGGGCCUACGUGGAGGAGCUGCUCUGCGUCCUGGAGGGCUACGCCGCGGAGAUGGACAACCCGCUGGUGGCCCACCUCCUCUCCCCGGGCCUGCACCACAAGAAGGAGGUGCUGUUCGGGAACAUGGAGGAGAUCUACCACUUCCACAACAGGAUCUUCCUGCGGGAGCUGGAGAGCUGCAUGGACUGCCCGGAGCUGGUGGGGCGCUGCUUCCUGGAGCGGAUGGAGGACUUCCAGAUCUACGAGAAGUACUGCCAGAACAAGCCGCGCUCCGAGAGCCUGUGGAGACAGUGCUCCGACUGCCCCUUCUUCCAGGAGUGCCAGAAGAAGCUGGACCACAAGCUGAGCCUGGACUCCUACCUGCUGAAGCCUGUGCAGAGAAUAACCAAGUACCAGCUGCUGCUCAAGGAGAUGCUCAAGUACAGCAAGAACUGCGAGGGCGCCGCGGACCUGCAGGAGGCGCUGAACUCCAUCCUGGGCAUCCUCAAGGCCGUCAAUGACUCCAUGCACCUCAUCGCCAUCACCGGCUAUGACGGAAACCUCAGCGACCUGGGCAAGCUGCUCAUGCAAGGCUCCUUCAGCGUGUGGACGGACCACAAGAAGGGGCACACCAAGGUGAAGGAGCUGGCCAGGUUCAAGCCCAUGCAGCGGCACCUCUUCCUGCACGAGAAGGCGGUGCUCUUCUGCAAGAAGAGGGAGGAGAACGGGGAGGGCUACGAGAAGGCCCCUUCCUACAGCUACAAGCAGUCCUUGAACAUGACGGCUGUUGGCAUCACCGAGAACGUGAAAGGGGACGCCAAGAAGUUUGAGAUCUGGUACAACGCGCGAGAGGAGGUCUACAUCAUCCAGGCGCCGACCCCUGAGAUUAAAGCAGCGUGGGUGAAUGAGAUCCGGAAAGUGCUGACCAGCCAGCUGCAGGCCUGCAGAGAAGCCAGCCAGCACCGGAGCCUGGAGCAGAGCCACAGCCUGCCGCUGCCCGCGCCCGCCAGCACCAGUCCCAGCAGAGGAAGCACCCGGAGCACGCGGAGGCCGGAGGACAGGAAGACGGACGCGCUGAGCCUGGAGGGCUACGUGAGCUCGCCGCCGGCCAGGCCCCCCGAGAAGGGCAGAGCUUCUCCAACCAGUCCUGACAAAAAAGCUAAGAGACACGAAGUAAAGAGCGACCCGACUCCCUUUGGUUUGCGAGGCUGGAGCAAAGCGUCCCACUCGCUGGAGGGCCCCGAGGAGGACGGCGGCUGGUCGAGCGCCGAGGAGCCCGCGAACUCCUCCGACGCCGAGGAAGACGGCGGCAUGGGGCCCAAGACGCUGGUGCCUGGGAGAUACACAGUCGUGGUGGACAAGGAGAAGGGGGGCCUGGAGACCCUCACCAUGAGGAGCGGGGACACGGUAGAGGUGGUGGAGGAAGGCGCCGACGGGCUCUGGUUUGUGCGGGACCUGACCAGCAGCAAGGAGGGCUGGGUGCCGGCCGGCAGCCUGUCGGCGCUCCUGGGCAAGUCCAGCUCGGCCCAGGGUCUGAGCAGCUCAGAGUCCAGCCCGGGGUCGGCUGUGCUGAGCAACUCGUCCAGCUGCAGCGAGGGCUGCCCCGCACCCUUCCCCCACCUCCAGGCCUAGGGAGCCUCGCGCCCGCCGCCCGUGGUAGGCCCGCAUGCGAAGGUGGAGGCCCCUGCUCGGGUUUGCCACGCUGGGGGAGGGCCC